AUGGCGGCCACCAAAAGGUUGUGUACUUCGCGUUCACAUAAUUCCUAUUGUGAAAAUGGAUACAGGAUUACUAAUUUAUGUUCUAAAAAGGAAUAUACUAAAAAUGUGGAAUCUUUACUUGAUAUCUCGGCCAAAGUUGUGGCGGAAAAUAUCCCAUUUCAGAGAAUUGAACAGCAAUAUGAUAGGAUACCCGAGCCAGUGCAAAAUAGGAUAGUUUAUUGGUCGUUCCCCCGAAAUGAACGGGAUAUUUGUAUGUAUUCUUCUUAUGCACAUUCUGUGAAAGACAGCUGUGAAAGCCAAAAGUUGCCUUUUUAUCAAGGAAUAAAGUUAUUAGAAGGGGGUGCAGUUGGAAAUGUGUUGCAAAUAGGAUUUCAUCUAAGUGGUACCGUAACUGAGGCUGCUAAUCCUUUAUUUUCGGAGCCAGAAAAACCAAUAAAAGUCUCUAUCAGUUUUGAUAGGUGUAAAAUAACCUCAGUGAAAUGUGGUUGUGGUAAUAAAGAUAUAUUUUGGUGUCAACAUGUGGUUGCCUUAUCUUUAUACCGUAUUCGUAAAGCCAGUGUUGUUGAACUACGGGUACCUAUCUCUGAAACACUAUUACAAAUGAAUAGAGAACAGUUACAGAAAUUUGCACAGUAUUUAAUAUCUGAACAUCAUACGGAAGUUUUACCCACAGCUCAAACUAUAGCAGAUGAAAUUCUACAAGCUAAAUCUGAAAUCAACCUACUUCCGGGUGCCCCAGAUCCAACAGCAGGAGCUUCUGUUGACGAUGAUAACAGCUGGCAUCUAGAUGAAGAGCAGGUUCAAGAACAAGUUCGAUCCUUUCUAUCUCAGGGUGUAUAUUUACAUGCCUCCAAUCAGCUUAACUCUAUGUUUGCUAAGGUACGUGAAAUGUUACGAGCCAGAGAUUCUAAUGGAGCUAGAAUGUUGACAUUGAUAACAGAACAGUUUUUAGCUGAUCCUCGUCUCUCGGUGUGGAAAACUCAAGGUACCUCAAUGUCUGAUAAAUGUCGACAACUCUGGGAUGAAUUAGGAGCAUUAUGGGUGUGUGUAGUAUUAAACCCUAACAGUACUAUCUUAGAAAAACAGCAUUGGCAUGUAUUAUUAGAACAGUGGUCAAUGAAUGGAUUAUGUCCCCUUGAAGAUGCUGAUAGUCGGCAAAUGCCUGAUGUACCUCUAACACGUGAUUUGUUACUUGCAGACGCUCAUAGUUCUUUCCACCAGGUUCCAAGACCACGACCGCGUACAGUCUUCCAUCGUUCUUUAGAAGCUAGUCAAUUAACAUGGGAUAAUGAACACCUCCAGAAUAUUUUACAUGAUACAUAUACGAAGGAAGGGGACGCUGGACAUUGUCAAGAUCAGUUUGAUAACAAUGGUCUUCCUUUAUGGCAUGAACAUAUUCCAACUUCAUGUGCUAGAGUUGAUGCAUUAAAAUCUCAUGGUUAUACUCGUAAAGCCCUGAGAUUAGCAGUAACUAUUGUACGCACAAUGCAAGCUGAACAGCUGAUUAAUUUGGAACGUAAAAAGACACAAUCAGGGAGUUCACGAUCAUCAAGUUCUCGAUCUACAAGAUCACCACCUCCAUCAAAUGCUGAAGGUUGGGUAGGACAUCCUUUAGAUCCUAUUGGUGUGCUAUUUGAUACUUUGUUGGAAGCCUGCACUGAUGAUGGCAGGGGAGGAGAGAAUUCAUCACAUUCAUCAUCACGUUAUCAUCAUAUACCUCUACCAAGCAAUACAGAUAAUACAGAAUCAUACCUCACAUUAGCUAUGGAAGUAGCUCUGAUAGGUUUGGGACAACAGAGAGUUAUGCCACCAGGUUUAUAUGCUCAGGAAAAAUCAUGUAAACAAGAAGAGAAAUUGUUAUCUAAAAUCCAAUCUAUAACUCCUGAUACUAAAAUUUUAUCAGUUAUAACCAAACAAGCUAAUUUAUUAUUAGAAGGCGGUCCACACAGUGGUUUUGGUGUAGGGAUACAUCAUGAAAGUUAUCCAAUGCAUACCUUUGCUCGUUAUUUAUUCAGUACAUUACUGUCCAAUGAGAUAGAUCUAGCUUUUAAAAUAGGCAUUAGAGCUAUGAGAUUACCUGUGUUAGAGAAUACAGAAGAACUGAAUAAUGAAGAAGGUGGGGGUAAUAUUGGGUCUGCUAUAUUAAGUCGAUUUCCACGCUGGUUUGUACUAAGUCGUAUUGAAUCCCAACAAUGUGAGCUUGCCUCUACCUUGCUAGCUGCUGCCAAAGGUGAUACUAGUAGACUACGUGGUGUAUUGGAGUGUGCACAGAGACAUAUUCACAGUUCAUCACAGUUAUUUAAAUUAGCUCAGGAUGCUUUCAAAAUAGCCACGCCUUCUGAUGCUCCUAAACAUCAAGCCACAUUAGAUGUAGCAUUUGAAUUAGGAUUACAAGUUAUGAGAAUGACAUUGAUGACAUUAAACUGGCGUAGACGAGAGAUGGUUCGUUGGUUAGUCACCUGUGCUACAGAAGUUGGUGUCAAAGCUUUGAUAUCUAUUAUGCAGAAUUGGUUUCAAUAUUUUGCUCCCAUAGAAGCUACAAGUACUGUAGCUUCAACUAUCAUGUCUCCAGCAACUACAAUGCAAUUAAAAUUAUCUUAUCAACAAAUGGAAGAAGUAGCAAGUUGUGCUCGGAAACUUGCUCUGCAAUGUGCCAAUAAGGAUCCACAAAACUGUGCCCUUUGCUCUCUUACUUUGUGUGAAAAAGACACAAUUGCUUUUGAAACAGCUUACCAAAUAGUCAUUGAUGCUGCAGCUCAUGUCAUGAAUUCCAGUCAGUUGUUUACCAUUGCUAGAUAUAUGGAACAUCGUGCUUACCCCACACGCGCCUACACUCUAGCAUUAUUAGCCAUGAAGAAUUUACAGUUGGCAUAUAACCAAGACACUCAUCCUGCAAUAAAUGAUAUUCAUUGGGCGUGUGCUCUCAGUCAUUCUCUGGGAAAGAACGAACUAACACGAAUGAUACCUCUAUUAGUUGAAAAUGUUCAGUGUGCUACAGUUUUAUCAGACAUUUUACGACGGUGUACGUUAACAGCACCUGGUAUGGCCAGUCAUGACGGAAAGCGAAGAGUUAUCAAACCCUUAUCUUAUGACAAACCACCAUUACGACAACUUAUGGAUGCCACGAUGUAUGCUUAUAUCAAUACAACACAUUCCAAAUUAACACACAUUAGUCCACGGCAUUACGGUGAUUUCAUAGAAUUUCUAUCAAAAGCUCGAGAAACAUUCCUCCUUGCCCAAGACGGCCAUAUACAAUUCGCUCAGUUAAUAGAGAAUAUGAAACUGGUGUAUAAAGGAAAGAAAAAAUUAAUGUAUUUAAUUAAGGAGAGGUUUGGAUUAUGAGAGUUUUCAGCAUUAAUAUAAAGACUAUUAUAUAUAUAAUUAUUCAAAAAGUUUUACCAGUUAGGGUUCAUUAAACAAAAGUCUCAGGCAAUGCCUCUCAAAGGCAUCUUCAUGUUUUCAGAUUUGAAUGUUUAUUUUGAAGAUGCCAUAAUUAAUAGAUGGCCAUAUUUAAAAGUUAACUUGAAAUUUUAAUGAAUGUAAUUCAUUUAGUUCUAGAAUUUGCUACUUCUCUAUUUUGCAAAUAUUAUUGUAAAGGAUGGGAAUGUUUUAUCUUUCAUAAUGGGUGGAAUAAGGCAAAAUUUAAUUUAAGUGAAAAUACCAGGAAAUUUGCAUGCCUUGAUUGCCUGGUAGAGAAUCUGAUGAACCCCAACUGUGUAUUGAAAUAUAUGUGAU